AUGGCGAUCGGAGCGCCGCGAGACACAAGCAACAUCCUGGAGGACGUGUGGGCGACCAUCAUGACCGAGACGCCGACAGGGUGCACGCCGAUGCCCGCGUCGUCGACAUCUUUCGUGGAUCAGGCCGGAGCCGAGAUCCUGCAGCGGUUGCCGAGCCUGGGGAGGUGUAUCUCCAUGGGAGCCGAGGAGUGGGACGAGCUGCUCAGCGUGGCGGACGCGGCCACACCGCCCGUCGCCGAGCAGCCGCCGCUCGCGGCGGCCUCGCCUCGAGGAGAAGGCCAGCAGAGCGCUGCCGGCAGCAAGGCCAAGGCCGCGUCUCCCAAGAGCUACAGGGGCGUGCGGCGGCGGCCGUGGGGCAAGUACGCGGCGGAGAUCAGGGACACGCGGCGGCGGGGCGCGCGGGUGUGGCUAGGCACGUUCGCCACGGCGGACGAGGCCGCGCUCGCCUACGACGUGGCGGCGCUGCGCAUGCGCGGGCCCCGCGCGCACCUCAACUUCCCGAUCGAGAAGGUGCAGCGCCGUCUCGACCUGGAGCACGACAACGGUCAGCUCCUGGACGCCGCCGGCGCCGGCGAGCAUUCCACGGGCCGCCGAAAGAGGAGAAGGAGAAGCAGUACCGCCACCGACCAUGCAAGAACGGUCGACGCUGAUCUCACGGCGGUGUAUGGAAAUGGAAGAAGCUCCGAUCAGAUGGUGUCUUUCACCAACUCAGGGAGAGGUCACGGGACACCAGCGGUGCAAGAUCGGCGUGUGAUGAGCGCAGACGUCGGAGGAGCUGUGAAUCGAGUGAUAGAGUUGGAGGAGAUUGGUGGCGAGUAUUGGGACUACUUGUUCCCGCCUGUGCUAUGA